CAAUACAUAGAACCGAACCCGUUUUGCGCGAAUGCUGUGCGAGAUCACAUUAGAGUCAGUCGCAGUUUUAUCUCGACGUUUUCUUCAGUUACAUACCACAGUUCGCGUGAUAUCCAAAAACAAACAUGUUAUUCUUAUCCUCCACAGCACUAUAUGUGUUUUUGGUCAUUGCGGCGAUCACGGAAGGAGCCGUAAAAAGACAGAGGCAAGCAUACUAUGGGGGUUAUUCUGAUGAAUACUCAAAAAAAGGGAACAAGGAUGAAAGUCAUCAGGACCUGAGCAAAUUACCUGGCAGGCCAGGAGUGGAUUUUCCAAUUUACCACGAAGUGCCCGAAACGAAUUUCCACUGCGGUAAUGUACCUUAUGCACCAGGCAUGUACGCCAACUUAGAAACCGGAUGUCAAGCAUACCACAUUUGUCAUGAUGGUCGAGAAGGCCACCAGGGUGCAUCAUUCUUAUGUGCUAAUGGUACACUGUUCAACCAAAAGGAAUUUGCAUGUGAUUGGUGGUAUAAUGUAGACUGUGGAAAAUCUACGGCUUAUUACGACUUAAACACCGAUCCAGAAAAGAAUCCAUUUGUUCCAAAAUUAAAAUCAUCUGAAGAAACGUACAAAUCUUAUGACAACUAUUACAAACCAAAAUAUCAUAAAUAAUUUGUUAAUUAUAAGAAAAUUUUAUAAUUGAUAAAACACUUAUUUUUAUGUAAAUAAGAAUGUAAAUUAUAUAAAAUAUAAGUUUUAAAAAACAAUUCAUGUUGCCUACAAAGCUAUUUAAACUAGAUUUUAUAUUAAGUUAACCAAUACUAUAAGUGAAUAUUACAUAUUCUGAAAUUUUAAACAAAUAAUGUACUUGGUAAAAUUAUUUUCAUGCAAUAUUCAGAAAGAAAUAAAACAAUUUAUUUAUUUUUGUUUAA